AUAUCACAACAGAGCAGAUAGCGGACCUCACCUUUAGACAAUGACAUACAGUCUUCAAGUGGAGGCGAAUAAAGGAACAGUUCGUCCAAAAUGAAUAGUCCACAUAACAUUUUUGGAGCAUCACAGCAAAACAAUGUUGUAGCAUUCUCCUUAAAAACUGAAGUUAAUAAGGACUUAUUUUAAAACGUAAAAAAAACUACCAAAUAAACCCCCCAUAAAACACCCCUUUGUCCAUCCCAAUCCAAGUCGCCGGACCCCCAAAGAUCCCAAACUGAUUUGGAAAAAUAUCAUUUAAACCCUUGACACCAACUUCUGACAGGGUGCGCAUGCUAACACUUUUUAGCUUAGCAGCUACAGUGAAGAUUUCAGCUUUAAAAAAAAAACGCUGGACAAGACAUUUCAUGUGUUUUUCAGUUGUCACUGGCAACAAGGAGGUUAUGUGUUCACGUGUGUCCAUUUGUAUUGUUGGUUUGUGGACAGGGUAACACAAAAACUAAUAAACCGAUAUCCACAAAACUUGGUUGGAGGAUAGGCCCCGGCCCAGAAUAGACCCUUUUGGUACAGAUUUGGAAAGCGCCAGCGUAUUUAUUUGUGAUGAAUGAGAUGAGCCAACAGGAUAGCCGGGGCGAACGCUCACUCCUGACUGACUGCAAUCCCAUAUACAAGCUAAAGUACGAGCAUGGCGUGUAAAUCAAUCUAUGAUUUCUCUGCUGAGACCCUGGACGGACAGCUGGUUCCGCUCAGUAACUACAGGGGUAAGGUGCUUCUCAUCAUCAACGUUGCCACCUUCUGAGGGUCAACAAUAGAGGAGUACCACCGACUGAAUGCACUGAUGGAAAUGUUUGGCGACCUCAACUUCUCUGUUUUAGGAUUCUCCUGCAACCAGUUCGGUCUUCAGUCACCUGAGGUGAAUCAUGAGACCCUCAAUAUUCUUAAGUAUGUGAGACCUGGUGGUGGGUUCGUGCCAAAGUUUCCCGUCUUUGGCAAGGUCGAGGUGAAUGGAUUAAACGAAGAGCCUCUUUUCACCUACCUAAAGGAAUCUUUGCCAUUUGUGAACCCUGUUAUCGGAGACAUAAAGAAAUUCUACUGGUCACCAAUCAAAGUCAAUGACAUCCGCUGGAAUUUUGAGAAGUUCUUAAUCGCUGCAGAUGGCGUUCCCUUCAGAAGGUAUGAACUUCACUGCCCCAUUGCAACAGUGGAGAAGGACAUAGCAGAACUACUCUGAUGGAUUUUCCUCAAUUUGUCAGCAGUGGCAGAGUGACGACCGCCCAGUAAAUGCACUUGUGCACCUGAGCUGGAUCUGAUGGGAAGAGGAACAGGGCCUCGGGGCUUCAGUGCAUUCACCCUGAGAGCAAGUUCCACUUCAGCCACUGGAGGACUUGUUAUGACACAAUCACGCUUUUCUCUAUUGUGAUGGGGUCUACUGCUCAAACUUCUAUUAAAAUAAAUAAAACAUGAUGAAAUA